AUGGUCAUGUCUUUAACAGAAAAACGCUAUUUGCAAGAUAGUUUAAUCUCCAAGCCACCAUUGCGCCCGGACGGAAGAAACGAGGACCAAUUCAGACCUAUCGAAGUAUUCACCGAUUUCCUACCGACGUCUAACGGCUCUUCCAAGAUUGUGGCCAGUGAUGGUACAGAGUGUGUGGUGAGUGUCAAAAGUAAAGUAGUGGAUCGUUCACUAGAAGACGAAUUAAUCGUGGUGGACGUGGAUAUCACAGGACGUCGAGAUGACUCUCCACUAGUACAAGAGAUAGCGUCAAUAUUGAACAGAGUACUUCUUCUACAAAUAGACCAAGAGCAACUGCGACUUACCCAAAAAUACAGUUUCAAACUGUACAUAGACGUGCUGGUAUUGUCAAGCUAUUCUCAUCCUCUGACACUAAUAUCGUUUGCCAUUUACUCUGCACUCAACUCGACCCAGCUUCCCACCCUCAUCUCUAGUGAAGAUGACUUGGAAGUUGCAGAACUACCCACUUUUCAUGACUACGAUAUGAGUAAGUUGAGUAUCGAUAUCCCCAUCAUGUUCACGCUCGCUGUAUGUGGUCAGAAUGUUAUAGUCGACCCAGCUUCAAGCGAAAGCGAUGUGGCAAGUAAUGGUAUUCUUGUGACAUGGUGCAAAGGUAAAGUGGGCGCGCCUAUAAGAACGUUGGGUUUGAACGAAGAAUACACGCGAGGUAUACAUCCAGACAGGUUGGCAGACAGCAUCCGAAUGAUCGAAACCCUGGCUCCAAAGGUCCUUCAGGCUUUAGAUGCUUGA